AAUGGACUCAGAUGGUGACUCCCAUCAUCUCUCAGAGUUGAGGAUUGUGUUAAUGGGGUAUAGAUAUUCUGGGAAGAGUUCAUCAGGAAACAUCAUCCUGAACAGUGAAGAGUUUGACUUGAAGACAACUGCUCAGUGUGUGAAGAGACAGAGAGAAGUAGCAGACAGACACAUCACUGUCAUAGAAGCUCCAGGAUGGUGGAUGAGUACACCUAUAGAUCAGAGCUCAGAGUUACUGAAACAAGAGAUUUUACUCAGUGUGUCUCUGUGUCCUCCAGGACCUCAUGUUGUUCUACUGGUUAUACGUGUGGACACUAGAUUUAAAGAGGACGAGAGAAAAGUAUUUCAGGGGUAUGUGGAUCUUCUCGGUGAGAGAGUCUGGAGUCACACUAUAGUGCUCUUCACUCAUGGAGACUUUCUAGGAGACACAUCUAUAGAGCAACACAUUGAGAGUGAAGGAGAGGAUCUCCAGUGGCUGGUGGAGAAAUGUGGGAACAGAUAUCAUGUUCUCAACAAUAACAACAGCAGUGAUGACACUCAGAUCAAACAUCUGCUGGAGAAGAUAGAAGAGACAGUGAUGGAAAACAACGGCUGCCAUUUUGAAAUAAACAGAAAGAUUUUACAGAUGAUGGAAGAACGAAGGAGAUCAGAGGAAGAGAGUGCAGAAGAACGAAUGAAGAAGAUGAAGAAACAGAGAGAGAUGAUCAGAUCUCAGAUGAGUGACACUCAGAAGCUCUCAGAGUUGAGGAUUGUGUUAAUGGGCUAUAGAUAUUCUGGGAAGAGUUCAUCAGGAAACAUCAUCCUGAACAGAGAAGAGUUUGACUUGAAGAGAACUGCUCAGUGUGUGAAGAGACAGAGAGAAGUAGCAGACAGACACAUCACUGUCAUAGAAGCUCCAGGAUGGUGGAUUGAUGAACCUGUAGAUCAGAGCCCUGAGUUACUGAAACAAGAGAUUUUACUCAGUGUGUCUCUGUGUCCUCACAUUGUUAUACUGGUUAUACGUGCAGACAUUAUAUUUAAAGAGGAUGAGAGAAAAGUUUUGCAGGGUUAUGUGGAUCUUCUCGGUGAGAGAGUCUGGAGUCACACUAUAGUGCUCUUCACUCAUGGAGACUUUCUAGGAGACACAUCUAUAGAGCAACACAUUGAGAGUGAAGGAGAGGAUCUCCAGUGGCUGGUGGAGAAAUGUGGGAACAGAUAUCAUGUUCUCAACAAUAACAACAGCAGUGAUGACACUCAGAUCAAACAUCUGCUGGAGAAGAUAGAGGAGACAGUGAUGGAAAACAACGGCUGCCAUUUUGAAAUAGACAGAAAGAUUUUACAGAAAAUAAAAGAGAAAAGGAGAACAGAAGAAGAGAGAGCAAAAGAACGAAUGAAGAGGAUGAAGAAACAGAGAGAGAUGAUCAGAUCACAGAUGAGUGACACUCAGAAGCUCUCAGAGUUGAGGAUUGUGUUAAUGGGGUAUAAAUGUGCUGGGAAGAGUUCAUCAGGAAACAUCAUCCUGAACAGAGAAGAGUUUGACUUGAAGAGAACUGCUCAGUGUGUGAAGAGACAGAGAGAAGUAGCAGACAGACACAUCACUGUCAUAGAAGCUCCAGGAUGGUGGAUGAAUAAACCUGUAGAAAAGAGCCCUGAGUUACUGAAACAAGAGAUUUUACUCAGUGUGUCUCUGUGUCCUCACAUUGUUCUGCUGGUUAUACGUGCGGACAUUAGAUUGAAAGAGGAAAAUAGAAAAGUAAUGCAGGGGUAUGUGGAUCUUCUCGGUGAGAGAGUCUGGAGUCACACUAUAGUGCUCUUCACUAAUGGAGACUUUCUAGGAGACACAUCUAUAGAGCAACACAUUGAGAGUGAAGGAGAGGAUCUCCAGUGGCUGGUGGAGAAAUGUGGGAACAGAUAUCAUGUUCUCAACAAUAACAACAGCAGUGAUGACACUCAGAUCAAACAUCUGCUGGAGAAGAUAGAAGAGACAGUGAUGGAAAACAACGACUGCCAUUUUGAAAUGUUACUGCAGGUGGAGGAGAAAAGGAGAGCUGUGGAGAAGAAAGCAACAUCACAAAUAACAAGUGAAGAUGAGAUGUCUGAUACAGUUUCUCUGGCAAGUUCUGGUUAUGAUACAUUCAGAUCUCAAUCAGAUGCAGACAAGAGCUCAGCUUUUGCAUCAUCACACUCUAAAGACUUGCCUCUCUUGUUUGCUGGUGGAUCAUACAACCAGAGAUUACCACAAGCAUUGAUGAGUGAGGAUGAGAUGUUUGAUUCAGUCUCUCUGGGAAGUUCUGCUUAUGGUUCAUUCAGAUCUCGAUCAAGUGACAACAGUUCAGUUUUUGCAUCAUCACGCUCCAGUGACUCCAAAGAUUUACCUACCAAUUUUGCAGAUGGAUCUGUACCCUCCACUCCUCAGUCUGUGGAACAUUCACACAUCAAAAUGACAAAGAACACAUCCAUAAUCUCAAAAUUAUUAAGAGGCAAACUGAAUAAAUGAGGAGGGAAAAAUUAAGUGUAAUGCUUUUUAUCAUAAAGAAAAUUGCACGUAAAAUGAAUGGAAUAAUUUGUGUCCCUAACUCAACAUAAAUUCUGUGACAGAAUUUUCCAUCUAUUUCAAAAUUCCAACUAAACUACUACUUUUACAGUAUGUUUUUCCAAUAAUAGUUUAACUGAUACUGGUAACUAACAUCACUACACCACAGUUACACAGAGCAGGGAAUACAGUUUGUCAUCAAGGUCAUUUACACGGAUGACACUUGAUAGUUUGUACAGUAACUGGCAUCAAAUUUCAUACUUUAUCAUGUAAAUUUAAUAAAAGAAAAUAGUAUAAAAUAGUUUUUAUGUACUAAUCUCAAUCAGAAAUUCUUCAAGAAAUUGUUUAGUUCAACCAUAACGAUCAAGAAUAUGGAUUAUAUAUUUUUUUAUAUUUUUUUAUAUUUUUACCACUUGAUACUCUCUUCUAAUGCUUAGGAAUAAUAUUCAUAUUCCUAACUAAAGUAGUUUAUGGCAGGCUUUGGUUUACUCUCUUUUGUAUUUAUUAUAUUGUUUGCUUGGUUAUUUCUCGCAAAGCUUUUUUCUUUGAGCUUUUACUUUGUAUUAUAACAGAUAAUGAACUGCCACCGCUAUUGUAAAACAUAAAAAAUUCACCUUUAAGUAAUGUGUUCUUUUAUAUCCUAAUUUAUCAACAUGAUCUAAGCACUUUCUAGAUAUUUUUACGAUCAUACAUUGUUAUGACAAGCAUAUAUUGUUUUAACCUAGAAACAUACAAAAGGAGAGCAUGAGGAAGAGAGAGCCAAAGAGCGCAUGAGGGUGAAACUAAAUAAACAAACAUGAUUGUUUUGGGUAAUUUGUGUUGUGUUUUAAAAUGCUGCAGUUUGUGAUUUUUGUUCCCUAACAAAAUUGUGAUGCAUGGUCUGUGGAAAACUCUGCUUAUUGGUCAUUAGGAUCGCACUCCCAAACUUCAUCAUACGGGACAAGUUGUAAUAGUAUGGAAAUUCCGUCACCAUUUAGUAUGUUUCUUUUUUUAUUUUAUGUUCAAAUUGCUGUUUUGUUACACUAAUGCAACGACAUUCAUAUGUAUUCAAAUACCUUUUGACCACAUUUUAAAUACAUAAACCAAAAUAAUGGACUACUGAAUACACUGUAUGUGUUAAAAAAAAACAAAUGAUAAUUAUGUGACUCUUAUUAUGGAAAUUGUAAAUACUUGUAGCCUAUAGCUUCAAGGGUUCAAACUAUUGUCUCUACAAUUCCAAUUUGUAUCUACAAAAUACACACCCUUUGAAACCAUUUAUUAUAUUAAAGACCUGUUAGUAUUGCCCCAUUGCCUUACCUUUAAUGCUGGAAAUGCAGUUUGAAGGGUUUUGAUUCUACAUGUUAAAUAAUUGUCAUGGCUCUGCUUCCUUAGUCAUGUUUUUCUUGGUCCUGUAGCAGAGCCAUGACAAAGUCUUUGGUUAUGUGUGGAGAGAAACAUAUUAUUGUCCGUUUGACAAUAAUAUACGUUCUCUCCAGUGUCUUGUCAUUGGCCCCAUUCCUCUCGUUUCCUCGUUAUCUUUCCCUGAGUGUUUAAUGUCCCACACCUGCCCCAUGUCGUUAUCCCUCGUUUGUCUUCCCUAUAUAUACCCUCUUGUU